CACUUCUUCUAUGCGGCGGGCGACGACAUGGCCAAGAAUAUCCGCGGGCUUCUCUGCUCGCUCAUCCACCAGCUUCUCGUCGGUCUUGGGGGCCUUGGCGAAAAAGUGCCCGUGGACGAGGGCCGUGCGAUAUCGAAACCUGUCGACGAGUGGUCGGACCGACAGUUGCGCGAGGUCUUGAUCUGGGCUUUGCGCGAAUGCGACAUCCCGGUGGUUAUCUUCCUGGACGGAAUCGACGAGGUCGAUGCCGGCGACGGCAAUGCCAAACUGCUCGAUCUGAUCGAGAUAUUUUGCAAGACCGAAGGGACUAAGGUGUGCGUGUCCAGCAGACCGGGAAAGCCCUUCAAAUCACGCCUCCUUGGCAAGCCGACGCUUAACCUGGAGGAUGUCACGCGGGCCAAAGGCGUGUUUCUGUGGGCAGCAUUGACCCUGAAAGGUCUGGAGAGCGGACUGUGCAGUGGCGACUCUAUUUCCCAGCUGGAAGAAAGGUUAAACCUUGUCGAGCCCGGCGACGUCAACGCCCUCUACGUCGACACGCUAAAACGACUCAUCGACGACGGAGAAAGACACCUCAAGGAGGCCGCCAUCCUUCUCAAUACGGUCAUCGCAUAUCUCGAUCUGCAGCACAUGGCUCACACCGCGGAGGGGCCGGUGCCGAUAGUCCAGCUGGAUCUCCAUUUGCUCACCGUGGCGCUGGACAAAGGGCUCGCUGCGGCCAUGGUGAACGGCGACCGCAAAGCAGAAGACGUCUUCGUUGCAAGGCGCGAGGUAUUGCGUGUAGAAAUCGCGCAGAGGUGUGGCGGGCUUCUGGAGGUGUGUAGCGACGACAGGAACAGCGUCGCCUUGAUCCAUGACUCCGCAUACGAGUUCCUC